UAAAUAAAUCCUGUGGUGAGUUGGUUUCAAAAGUUCUUAGACCAUGAAACCUCUUCUGCUUUUAAAAAAAGAUCUGGAUAGGAGAGUUAGAGUGUAAGCGUUUAUCUUUAGUCCUUGCUUCUGUGUGUUUAGUUCUCAGUAUUUACAUGACCAGAUGUCUGGAAGUGGAUGUGCUGUUAGGAGAAGAGUUUGGAAGACAAUUUAUUGUAAUUUUACGUUCUCUUCUGCCCCUCCUCACUUUUACUAUAUCUUAAAAUCCAGUAUUUAAUUACUUUUUUGUUCUGAUAAUGUGAAAUAAACAGUCUGGGAAUAAAAUUGAUUUCUGAGAGGCAUUACUUUUCUCUUGACUAAAGGAGUUUAGCUCCUCUGAUGGGGUAAGGCCUUAGAUGAAAAGGAGAUUUCCUCUUCUAAUUAUGGAUGCCAGCUGCCUCAGUUCUAAUGAGCUGAAGAUGCAGCUGAAGUUUAAUUCAGGGGAGUGCUUGCUGUGGCUAUAUCAGAAAUGUUCUGUUAUAGACAGGAAAAGAAUUGUCCCAGUAAAUCAGCAUGAUGACAUGUAGGCAAACAGGAUUGCUCUGGUUGCUGUUCACUGUUAAAUGUGCCAAGGCAAACCUUAACAGCAGCUGUAUUUCUGCAUGCAAGCUGUGUGGAAGCAGAGAUGCCUGAUUAUUUUUUUUUUUCCAAAGGAAGUAGAGAGAACUCAUGCAAACAGCCUAGUCUGUCUGUACUCCAAGGUGUUAAAAGUUGGGAAACUUUGCUAGGGGUAAUUCUGUAAGCAUCAGCACGAUGCUUCAAUUAAGCUAACGAGUAAACCUUGGUCCAUGAUAUGGGCAUCUCUGGGGCCAUGUUAUGUUAAUCAGGUUUUUUUGUUUGUUUGUUUUGCCAAGGUGAGCAGUGUGGUUUUGGGGCAGAAAUGAGUUAACCUGUGGCUCUUACAGCUCUUACUCCUUUUUUCUGAGUGACAUGUGAAGGAGUAGACAGCUCUCUUCCAUCUCCAAGGCAGAGAAUGGCAAUGCAGGGAUUGUUAGGUGUUCAGUGGGUUUGUGUCUUCAGUUUGCCAUGGCAGGAGUUCUGUCUGCCACUCAGGCUGGGCUAGACCUAAGAGUGAGCAGCAGCACCAGGCUGAAGCAGCAGAGGUUUUCUGUUGUGGUGAUGACCCUGGAGCUUCAGGCUUCUUCAACAACUCAUAGAGACCAGACCUUCCAGUACCUUUUAUUUUCCUUCCCUCUAUGGCAAGCCAGUGCAGAGGUGGUUGGCUUGUUUGACGUGCUAACGUGGUCAUUACUUCUGAGCUAACCCUACUGCCCAGAUGCAUUAGUUGACAUGGUGAGUUGGUACAAAAUUUGUACAGCGUUCAGAGGAUGGGGAGGGUGAUUUGAAUGGGGAAAAAAAACUGCAGCUAUUCUUGUCAAGAUUGAACAUCAGAGCAUUCUCUCCGUCACAAGCAGGAUUUGUUUUGCAUUAGUAAUGAAGUGAUAGUUGGGUCAGGCUGUUCUCCCUGUCGGAGAGCAGCAAGAGAAAACUUCUGCUGAAGGCAUCAGCGAGGCAGAGGAGUCCUUACUGAUGAAGGGUGUAUUUCUACAGCACCAAAGUAAGGAGGGCAGAGCAGAUAUGGUGGCUGGGGGUCAGCCAGGAGUCCUGUCAUCAUCAGGCAAGUCUGUAGCUAUGCAGAAGGGCUGGAGUUAAGCCAGGAAGCCAACACAGCAAGUUGGUGGUCAGGCAGUGAUGUGCUUGUACAUAGCUCAAGCAGUGCAUGAGGACUGGAGCAGCUCUCAAGCGUGGGCACGGCUGUUGCCCAAGACAAGCUACAAAAAGGUUGGGAGGAAGACUCCAGCAAUGAGCUUCCUGUGCUUUGGCAUCCUCAUUCCUGGUGAAACCGAGAGUUCUCUGAGUUUGGUGAGUGAAAGUGUAACUAGGUGUAAAUAGGGACUUGUGUACCAGAUCACUGCUGCUCUCACUUUAAGCAAUAUAAAAUAAUAACGCAGUCAGGUUUAUGUGCUUGUUUGCUUAACACUACCUCUGUGAGAGUGUUUUCCUAAGCCUUGCUGUCUCUGUAAGAAAAGGAGUCAGUGGUGUUUUUUUAGUAAUUAUUAAAUCUUUAAUUCACAGAGUUUUAGUUGCUGCAAUAAAGCAUUUCCAUCUACUUGGUCUAACGCAACAUCACCAACUAAAUCAAAGGGCUUUGUCCUAGUAAUUCUGUAUGACUUUAUGCAUAGAAUUGCAAGCUAGGCAUUGACAGAAAUCGCUACUGGUUUGAUUUAUCAUCUCCAUUUGCUACUAAAAUCCUUUGCUCCUGAAAUCCAUUAGAGCAAUGAGUGAUUUCAGCUGAUGCUUUCAGCCUGUUUCAUGUUCUGUUCUGUGGGCCAUAGGUCCCAUCAGUUAUUUUCUUCUGCAUUAUAUUAAAGCUUUCUUGUGAUCUCAUCCUCAAACAUACAUAAUGUGACACCAAAAAAAACACAGGCCACCCUGACCUUAAAGUUAAGGAGCUCAGUGAUGUUUUCUGGAAGUGUUUUUGUUAGAUAUUAUUCUUGGGUAUAUUUUGAACUUUUUCACUGUGGCUGUGUUGCUGUAAGGGUGAAAGUCUCACGGGUGCCCGUGUUAACAGCGGAAGUUUUGGGAAGUGGCGUAGAUGAAUAAAAUGGAGGUAGCACUGCCUGUAUAUCUUGCUGACUUAGUGUGGCAGACUGCCUGUGUUUCCAUUUGUACUUCUCAGCAGUGUGCUACGGAAACCCAUCCUUUGUCAGCCCUUUCUUAAUCGCAUUGUGUUUGCUGGUUUCCUCAGCCCUGCAUUUUGAUGGAGGCUAAUCCCAGCAUAUCUGCGUAGCUGAGCACCAAUUUUUUAUCCUCACGCACACAUUUCCUCCUCAAUCCUCAGCUCUUUUUAAUCGCCCCGUGUAUUUGGGAGCAGCUCUUAGCUGUGAAUGCGCUGGGGGGGUGGCAGCUAGCCUAGCAUGUGAGAAUCAAAUGCUGCUUUCUGUCUUUCGCACCUCUAAGCUACUGAGUCACCGUUUCAUUCUCUAUGCAUAUAUAUGCAUAAUGCAGUGAAAUUAUUAUCCUUGUGGAGACACAGGCUGUCGGUGUCCUUUUAAUUCCAUGCCUGUGCACAGCAGCAGCCCACGGUGCUUAACGUCAAGCACCUGUCUUGAUCCAGUAUGGAAAUUCCCAAGCCCAUUGAUCACUUGCUUCUGCAUUACCUAGAGGUGUACCAGUACUCGACCAGGGGAGACCGGAAUGGAUGUGACCAGCCGAUGCACACUGGGAGAUCCUAACAAGCUGCCAGAAGGGGUGCCGCAGCCUGCUCGUAUGCCUUACAUCUCCGACAAGCACCCUCGACAGACUCUGGAAGUCAUCAAUCUUCUCCGGAAGCACCGGGAGUUGUGUGAUGUGGUGUUGGUGGUAGGUGCCAAGAAGAUCUAUGCUCACAGGGUGAUCCUGUCCGCCUGCAGCCCGUACUUCCGAGCCAUGUUCACUGGGGAGCUGGCAGAGAGUCGGCAGACAGAAGUGGUGAUCAGAGACAUCGACGAAAGGGCCAUGGAACUGCUCAUUGACUUUGCCUACACCUCUCAGAUUACUGUGGAAGAGGGAAAUGUCCAGACCUUGUUGCCAGCUGCUUGCCUUCUCCAGCUGGCUGAGAUCCAGGAGGCCUGCUGCGAGUUCCUUAAGAGACAGUUGGACCCUUCCAAUUGCCUGGGCAUCCGAGCUUUUGCUGACACUCACUCGUGCCGUGAACUGCUGAGGAUUGCUGACAAGUUCACCCAGCAUAAUUUCCAGGAGGUAAUGGAGAGCGAGGAGUUCAUGCUGCUUCCUGCCAAUCAGCUCAUAGACAUCAUAUCCAGCGACGAGUUAAAUGUUCGCAGUGAAGAGCAGGUGUUCAACGCAGUGAUGGCCUGGGUGAAAUACAGCAUUCAGGAAAGAAGACCCCAGCUGCCACAGGUCCUCCAGCACGUUCGCCUGCCACUGCUGAGUCCCAAGUUUCUUGUGGGCACAGUGGGCUCUGAUCCUCUUAUUAAGAGCGAUGAGGAAUGCCGGGAUUUAGUGGAUGAAGCCAAAAACUAUCUCCUGCUACCCCAAGAGCGACCGCUGAUGCAAGGACCGAGGACUAGACCACGCAAACCCAUCCGUUGUGGAGAGGUGCUCUUUGCAGUGGGGGGCUGGUGUAGCGGGGAUGCGAUCUCCAGCGUGGAACGGUAUGACCCUCAAACCAAUGAGUGGAGGAUGGUGGCUUCCAUGAGCAAAAGGCGCUGUGGCGUUGGUGUCAGUGUUCUGGAUGACCUUCUGUAUGCAGUGGGAGGCCACGAUGGUUCCUCUUACCUGAACAGUGUAGAAAGGUACGAUCCAAAGACCAAUCAAUGGAGCAGUGAUGUGGCCCCCACCAGCACCUGCAGGACCAGUGUUGGAGUAGCAGUUCUUGGGGGCUACCUUUAUGCAGUGGGUGGCCAGGAUGGUGUCUCUUGCCUCAACAUUGUGGAAAGGUAUGAUCCCAAAGAAAACAAAUGGACUCGAGUGGCUUCCAUGAGCACCAGGCGCCUGGGAGUUGCAGUGGCUGUUUUAGGGGGCUUUCUCUAUGCAGUGGGAGGCUCUGAUGGAACUUCUCCUCUCAAUACAGUGGAACGAUACAAUCCUCAGGAGAACCGCUGGCAUACGAUUGCACCCAUGGGGACGAGGAGGAAGCACCUGGGCUGUGCAGUGUACCAAGACAUGAUAUAUGCUGUGGGAGGCAGAGAUGAUACGACGGAGCUUAGUAGUGCUGAGAGAUACAACCCUCGAACCAACCAGUGGUCUCCUGUCGUGGCCAUGACAUCCAGACGUAGCGGAGUUGGCCUUGCAGUGGUGAAUGGACAGCUAAUGGCCGUGGGAGGGUUUGAUGGCACAACGUACUUGAAGACCAUUGAGGUGUUUGAUCCAGAUGCUAACACAUGGAGGUUGUACGGAGGGAUGAACUACCGGCGGCUGGGAGGAGGAGUGGGUGUUAUCAAAAUGACACACUGUGAAUCCCAUAUAUGGUAAGCACCAAGAGAGAGGGAGACCCCCUGGUUCCCAUUCCUAGAUCAACUGAAGAGACUUGUUGACACUGGACUCUUUGCGGCUCUCGUAUGGACGGUCUAGACCUGAUGUAACUCUUUGCCGUUGGUUCUUUCUAUGGAAUUAUGACUUCUGUGAGAGUGUGCCCAAUGGGAGACCACAUUGCCAGACUCCAGGGAAUCACUGGACAAAAGUAGAAGUGUUGCUUAUGUCCAUAUUUUUUUUCUAACUAGUCUACAAUUUUGAAUAAACCAAACUGUACAAUUCACCAUAGCAUAAACAAUGCCAAUGCACAGACUACAAGCUACAAUGGGAGUCUGGCAAGGAGAGUUUCCUGCCUUUCCCUCCUGCUGUGAGCAUUGGAUGUGGCAGCUGUGUUGGUGGGUGAAAGAGGAAGGUGAUAGAAAAACAUUGCUUUUGCCUUAUUUACAGAGAGCUUCAAAAAAGAUAAAAGUACUUGACCUGCAAGGUGCCACCUUUGCACAGAAGCUUUCCUGUGCACAGAGUAUAUUUAUUUUUUCAUUUAAUUUGUAUUACGUCUUUUCUUUGCAUUGCUCACAGCGCUGAUUCCAGCUUUUUAUAUACAUAUAUAUGUGUGCAUAUAUAUGUAUUUUAUAUAUAUGUAUAUGUGCGUGUGCAAUUUGAGUUUUAAUGAGUUGAUGGUUAGGGCAGGGCUACGUCCUGCAAGCUGUUGUGGUUCCAACCCUGGUGGUAUGUAGUUGGGUCUCAGAGUAUGGAAGAGCUAUGGGUACCCUGAGUGUCUUUUCAGUCUUGCUGGAGGCAAGAAGUAGAACUGGAACUCUCAUCUAUCGACUGAAUCAGUGAAAGGCCAUAAAAGAAGGUGAGAGUGAAAAGGAUUUCAUAUGAUGCCUUUUUACUGUACAGUGUAUGGUACAAAAGUUCAGCUUUUGUCCCUCACCUCCUCUGUAUAUGAACCUAGAAACAACUAGCUGUUGCUUAUUUAAAUAAGUCUCAUAUAUUCAGCAGGCAACCACUUCUUCUCUGAAGCUGGUAGGCAGGUAUCAUCUGUUAAUUCUGGCUAGCCUAGAUCAACACUCACCUCUCAGGUUCUUGUUAGAAUGGCAGACCCGCAGUCGAGUCAACUCCUGCUGUGAAAUGCUUAGACCAGCAUCACCUUAGCUGCCCUCCUGCCUCUCAUCUGUGUCUCUAGAACUCCUGUUGUAAAACACUGACCACGAUGAGGUGGUGCACUCCCUUUCGAUGAUUCGUUUAAAAUGCACUUUCUCUGUUCUUGGCUAGAGCAGGAAAAGGUCUGAAAUCGUGGAAGUUUGGAAGGGAGGGACUGUUUGCUGGCACUGUGAAUUACUGUCAUGUUUUGGUGAGUGCAGAGGUACCCAGGGUAGGGAGAGAGGAAGGAGGCACUGUGGACUCAAAGGUUCUGAUACGUUUGUCUGUACUGUAAGUACUGUCUGUACUGAGAAGACCUGUUGCACCUGAUUUAACUUUGGACCUUAUUAAAUCUGAUUUUAAAAGGACUGUGAAUUCUUGAGAUGAAGGCAGUGCUGACAUCUUGAGUUCUGAUCUCCAUCGUUUGAUUUAUGUAACAGCAUUUUAAUGUGCUUGAAUAUAGUAGAAGCUACACUACAGUAAUAAAUGGGUCAUUAAAAGUUUUUUUAAAAGUUCCUUUUCCCCUAAAGGUUGGUAUUCUUACGUUUACAUAUGAAGAUCAUUUGCACCUUUACAAGGAAAACAAGUAUUCUGUAAACAAAUGUUUACAUUUAUCAUUUAUGCUUUUUUCUAGCAUGAGUAACUUGUAUAAAUAGUGCUAUCUUAAUAAAUUUCUUCUAUGCUA